AUGUUCAUACGGGUCGCUGAUGAAUCCAAAGGCAACAAUGAUAUUGUGGAAAUUCCUGUUGAUGGCGGUAUUGACGGUUCAGUAUCAUUGAGUACACUCGCUGCUCAAUUCCAAGGUGUGAGUGCAUUGAAAUAUCGCAAUUCUGAGACGAGUGUGUGGAGAGGUGUUCGAGUAGCUGAUGGUAAACUCUAUCAUCCUGAUGGUGCAUGGGAUCCAGAUACGAUAUAUGUUACUGUUUAUUCCAAACCAAUUUCAUCAGAUAUCAAACGGAAAGGCGUUGGAGAACAACAGGAAGAUAUAAACAUGCCAACAAUUGGACAAAAUAAAAAUCAAAGAAUGGAUUAUGGACAAGAAAUGAAUACAGAUGGUGAAAACGAACCAGAUCGUCGUUGUGUAGAUUUAAUCGUACUUGGUAUAAGUUAUCGAAGUAUUGAAGCAGAUGUCAAGAAGUGUUUUGAAGCAUUUGGUGAACUCGUUUUCUGUGAAAUCAAACGUGAUGCAAAUGGACAAUCACGUGGAUUUGGCUUCAUUCGAUUUAAAAACUACGAAUCUCAAUUAGCUGUCAUCAACAAACGUCAUUUCAUUGACGGCAGACACGUUGAUGUGAAAAUUCCUGAUUCGAAAACAAGUGCACAUGAACCUGAGUGUGCUCGAAAGAUUUUUGUUGCUCGCUUACCUGAUAAUAUCACGCCCGAUGAUCUACGACAAUACUUUUCAAAAUAUGGUGCAAUCAAAGAUGUUUAUAUUCCAAAACCAGCACGUUCAUUUGCUUUUGUUACAUUUCAUGAUUCAAAUGUAGUACGAACACUAUUCGGCACACAUAUCAUUCUCGGUUGUAGUGUAACAGUUGGACCAGCUGAACCAAAAAACAAACCAUCGGCUAUUGGUGAUUAUCCUUCUUCAACGUUCAAACGUGCAAAACCUGAUCACAGUAGUCUACGUACACUGACAGCGUAUGGUGCAUCACCUGCUCACUCACAUUAUCAUCAACAAUAUGGCCAAACACCGAAUACAGAUAUGAUGCAUACUUUCUUUCAGCAGUAUGGUGCAACAACAACCGGUUCACCCAAAGGACCUUUUUCCAAUGCACAACAAUCGUACUGGGGCGGGACACACGAAGAAGCAGCUGCUGUUUGGCAACAACAGCAGCAACAUUAUCGUUAG